UAUAUUUGUUUCCUCGUUCCAAAAAUAUAUUUUCAAUGUAUAUUAAUUUUGAGUAGAUAAAAAAGCAUUGGCAUAAUGUUUAAAGAAAGUUUUAAAUAUUACAAAUCAAAGUGGCCUGUGCCGGAUUUCAAAGAUGUUAUAGAUUUUCAUGAUGAUUCCAACUGCAGCGCAAAGAUAGAGGAUUUACAACUCAAAGACGAUUAUGCAGACUUGGGCUUACCAUUGGGCAUGAAUCCUAUACAUAAAUGGCGUUUGUUUAGGCUCGUCGAACAUCCGGGAUUAAUUGUCAUACGUCAUGCAUUCAAUACACAUGGUGAACGCUACUGGAUGGCUAGAAGUCUGCAAGAUUAUCCAAAAUAUCCCAAUCGAGUAAAUUUAAAUGAGCGACUUUUUAGCAAAACAGUUUUGGAUGACUGGUGGUCAUCUUUACAACAGUGCGACGAUAAGGACGAAGCUAGGCGUAUGAAAAUCUCUAUGCGCUGGACCACACUAGGCUAUCACCACAAUUGGGACACCAAGGUCUAUAGCGAAGAUUUGCACACAGAAUUUCCAGAGGACUUGGCACGUAUGACAAAUUUCUUUGCUAAUGUUUUGGGCUACGACAACUAUAAGGCACAGGCUGCCAUUGUUAAUUAUUACCCCAUUGGCACCACUUUGGCCGGCCACACAGAUCAUUCUGAACAAAAUUUAGAGGCUCCCUUAUUUUCAUUUAGUUUUGGACAAACUGCAAUUUUCCUUAUUGGUGGCAAAACGCGAGAAGAAAAACCUGCUGCUUUAUUUAUAGAAAGUGGUGACGUGCUGGUCAUGUCACAACAAUCACGUCUGUGCUAUCAUGCUGUACCACGAGUUAUGAAAGCCAGACAGGAAACUUGGAAUAACCAAAUGUCUAGUGCAAGACAAAUGCAGGAAACAAGUAUAGAAACGUUGCAGCCGUCAAAAAAAUUACGCACUGAUAUAACUUGCUGGAAUAACAAUGAAAUGGAAACGGCUUUAGUAUGGUCCAUGGAUCCUUUGCUGUAUCAACAAGUGAGCAAUGAAUUGCAUUGGUUGCCCUUUAAAAAUUAUCUACAUGAUUCUCGUAUUAAUAUAAAUGUCAGACAAGUACUAAAUAAUCAACAACAAUCCUUGAGUUGUUAAUACUAAGCUAUUGCUGUUUGCUAUUAAUUAUUAUAACAUAAACAUUCAUGCAUAAUUUAUUAUUAUUAUUCUUUUAUUGUAUGAAACAAAUCUAU